CUGCUAUCCGUUGCUGAAUUCGGUCGUUGGCUUCUGGCUGUGGAGCAGCCUGUAACGCUGCCCUCCCUCCGCUGGGGGGCGCUGCGCUCAGACCAGCCGUCCCGAACCGGGCUCGUCCCUGGAAACAUGGCGGAGGUCAGUCAGUUUGCUGGCCUCAGAGCCCACAUCUUUGCUCUAAAGGGCUACGGCCGCUGCCUCCCGGGGAGCCAGAGCAAAUGGGACAGGAGAGCGGCACACACUCCCUCCCCGUCGGCCGGGUUUCCGCCGGAUGACACGGACCACGAAGCCGAAAAUCCAUCGGAAACGAGGACGAGUGGAGUGUCCCUGGACAGUUACUCAAGGGUAGCACAGCUGGUUGGUGGAGUCUUAGAUGAUUUAGAGAAGGAGCAUAUAGCCGAAAACUGUCAUUAUCGUGGCGUACAAGUUUUGACCCUCCCUGGAUACCGAAACUUUGCCAAGUUUUUGAGGACUUUGUCCCCCGCUUCCUGCCUUCAGCGGACUGGCGGCGGUCGGUAUCCCCACUUGGGGCACUUGGUUUCCGCCAGAGGGUUUAGCAGCGACGGGGGCAGGUCCGAGCCUCUGUACCGAACCAAAACCGGCUAUUACGAAAUCCUGGAGGUGUCACCCAUCGCCACGCAAGCCCAGAUAAAAACGGCGUACUACAAGCAGUCCUUCGUCUACCACCCGGACAGGAACGCCGGGAGCGAGGAGGCCACCGUCCGCUUCUCUGAGAUCAGCGAAGCCUACACGGUGCUGGGCAACAAGGGACUCCGGAAGAAGUACGACCGGGGGCUCUUAAGCCUCUCGGACCUCACGGCGACGGUCAGGCCCUCCGCGAAGGACGCCGGCGACGGCUCGGCCGGCCCGCUCGCCCAGAACAGGCGCUCCGUGAUGGGCACGGACAGCCGGGGGGGCAUUUUCGAUUUCGACGAGUUUUACAAGUCCCACUACAACGAGCAGCUGCAGAGACAACGAGACAUCCGGGUCCGGAAGGAGGACAUCCUGAAGAAGAAGCAGACCAGCGUGGGGGACAAGAAGUUGGACAAGAUGAUGGAGGUUGGAGUGGGGAUGCUCAUGAUAUUCGCCAUGGGGAUCCUUCUGAGUUUAAACCAAAGUUAA